AUGACAAACUGGAAGAAUUUGCCGUUUGAGAUGAAAUGCGAGGUUUUCAAAUUGUUAGACAAAGAAAAUCGGUAAGGUUUUUUCCCUGAAUUUAAAAAAAAUUUUUUUUUAAAGUUUUUUUUUGCAGAUUAAAAUUCGCUAGCUGCAAUUUCCAGUGCUUCAGAGAAAUUGUGCACGAGGAGAAAGAUGUGAAAUCAGUUGAAUUGGAGAAGAUCACAGAAGUUGGAACAAUCAGGCCAUAUUUUGUUGUGUCAGUUGAUGGUUCGGAAAUUCGAUUUGAACAAAUCGCAAAUAUGUGUGAAAUCAAGUAUGAUGAUUAUAUUCUUGGAAGAGGUUUUGGCAAGAUCGAAAAUACUGUGUACAAAUUCUUCAAGAAUAUUUGGCUGAAACAUCGGAACACUAUUGAGAAAUUAAAGCUCGCUGAUGUGAGUUCUUUUUGUUUAGAAAAAAUAAAAGAAAAAAAAUAAAUUAUAGGUUGACUUCACUAUAAUUCAAGAUUUUUCAAAUAUCAAGGAAUUAGAUAUCACUACCAAUAAUAAAAUUCAUUUAUAUCAUAUACUUUCGGGGGCAGCGAAUCUAACGAAAUUGGUUGUGAAGUUUGAAGAAGGCGAGAGAUUUAAGGAGGUACUUUUACUCAAAAGCGUUGAUUUUUCUGAAACCUUUAAAACCUUUCCAGGUACAUCUUCCGAAAAUUGCGAAAUGUUCAAAAAUCGAUUCUGUGGAUUUAAAUUGUAAUGCAGCUGAUGUUGCAUCGGAAAUUCUUGCUAAAAUGUAUCCAGCAAAUUCAGCGAUUUCACGUUUAAACACCUCAAAUUUGAAAUUAUCUAUCAAUGGUGGCGAUUAUUCUGAACCCGAUUCAAGAUUGCUCGAAUCACUGGGAAGAUUUGCUAACAUUGAGACUGAUCUCCGGUUAACCGAUGAUCAAUUCGUUCAAUUGACAUCAUACCCAAUGAUCAGAAAUCUCAAAUUCGAUGCGACAGAUAUCAACACAUCGGUAAUCAUCGAAUGUCUAUCCACUUAUGUUUUGAAGUCUCGGAAAUAUUUCAAGUUCAAUAACUUUCGAGAAUGGACUCAAUUCAAAGAACUUAUGAAGGAAAAAUAUGGGUAAUUUUUAGAGAAAUCGUUAUAAUUUUUACUUAAAAAUUGGUUUUUCAGGGAUCCUUGUAAACAAAAUUUCGAGGUCGGUUUUCAUCCUUUUAUUUUGUCUAUUGACAAUCUUCGGCCACAUCAUCACUGGAAAACUUCUUAA